CUGUUACGGCAAUGGCGUAGUGUCCCGCGGAAGCUGUACAGACAAGAACUGGGGUCCUGACUGCGCUCAGUACUGCCAUGCCUUCAACAACAACCCGUCGGGUGGCUGGCCCAUGAUGUCGUGCGACUCUCUGACUGGGCAAUGAGUCUACGGCCUCAACAACACGGCCUGUAAUCAGCCGUCGGAGGUCUUCACGAUGACCGACGCGAACGAUUUCAUCUUGCGCUCAAGCCAGGUACAGAAUCUGGAAGCUGGGGUCCCAGCUGCCAUGCUCUUCACACCUAAGACUAAUUUGUCGGCUGCGGUGAAUGUUUCGACGAGCACGAACGGCUCCUCGUCAAGUAACACGACGGCGUCUUGCGCCAGUAACUCAACGUCGGCUGCCGGGAUCUUCACGGUUGGCGAUGUUGUGGGAGCCGCUGUUGGUGCGGGUGCGCCUUUACUCCUGGCACUGAUUGGCGCCAUCUUCGUUAUCCUGUCUCAGCAGCGUAAGCUGAAACGGCAGGGCGUUAGGGAGACCGCUCCACCAGAGAACAAUGCAUCACAGUACAGUCAGGCUCCUGCUGCAUACGCUGAGCCUGUACAACGCAGCCAAUGGGCGCCGCGAUUACAAGACCAGGCUCCCUUCUACUCGCCACAGGGUUACGGCCAAGCUUCGUAUCAGGACAAAUCCGGCGGUUACCAUGAGCUGACGAACGCGGCGAGUGUGAAUGAGAUGCCCAACGACAGGCCGAGAAUGGAGCUGGAUGGGCACCAGAUCAAAUAAGCUAUGGUUCUCUUCCUAGCCAGUGUCAGGGCGGAAACUGCGCGGUGAGUAUGAUCUUCUUUACUGCUUAUAUCAGCCUUCAGCGCACGGGAAGGUGAAAGGACAGGCGAAACUUAAUGUUAGCAACCACACGACAGAAACAGAUACGAAAUGCCUCGAAGUCACCUCUCGCGACGUCGAAAAUACCAGCCAACGUACAUGUACCUCGCACCACUAGUAAGUCGAACGUACUGCACCAUUAAUAUACGUCCAACCGUCUCGGGGAACAGUAUGCUGCAG